UUUUCACAGUUCCUGCAAGUGAACGCAUUAACCGCCACCAUCACCCGCAAACUUUAAAAAGAACAAAAACCCUAAACCCUCCAGAGGCGCCUCUGAGAGUCAGUCACCGUCCCCAAACCAAAACCCUAAAACCUCUGGAGCCGUACGAAUAUUCCAUACAGAACUCCAUUGACUAAGUAUUCAUCAGCUUCUAGAGAGAGAAAGAAAGGAGAGAGAGAGACAUGGCGACCUCGAUUGCUGCUCAGCUAGAAGCCAUAAAAUCCGUGAUACAAGCCGACACGGAGCCGUCGGGGUCCAGCAAGAAGCCGUUCACCCGCCCUUCCAUUCUCUUCGACGCCAAAGAGGCCGCCGAUAUCGAUGUCCACACCAUUUUCUCCAUAGCACUCCAAGGUCUGGAGGUCCUUGUAAGCGUUGACGAGCGAUUUAGAAUCUAUAAGAAUGACUUGUUCAGCCAAAAAAGCAAAGAUUUGGAUAGAGAGUUGAUGGGCAUUGAGGACAAUAAUCGGAUUAAUGCUUCGAUUAGUUCGUACUUACGGUUACUCUCAGGACACUUUGAGCUGUCAUCAUCAAUCAAGACACUUGAGUACUUGAUACGCAGAUACAAGAUUCAUGUCUACAACUUUGAGGAAUUAAUUUUGUGUGGUUUGCCAUACCAUGACACCCACAUUUUUGUUCGAAUAGUUCAGUUGAUUAACUUGAGAAAUAGUAAAUGGAAAUUUCUGGACGGCGUAAAAGCUUCUGGUGCACCACCACCUAGAAACGUUAUAGUCCAGCAAUGUAUCCGUGAUAAGGGGGUUUUGGAGAUUUUAUGCAACUAUGCAUCCCCAUCAAAGAAGUAUCGCCCUUCAAGGACCGUGAUAAAAUUUUGCAUGGCAGUUGUUAUCGAGGUUUUGGGUUCUGCUACAUCCGUUGACAGUGAUGUUGUGAAGAGAAUCCUACCGCUUGUUGCUUCUGGACUUGAGUCAGGCACAAAAGGACAUCCAGAAAAUAAGGCCGGAGCCCUGAUGAUUGUUGGUUUGCUAGCAAGUAAAGUUACAUUAUCUCCCAAGCUUGUGAAGAGUUUGAUCAGGUCAAUUGCUGAAAUUGCUCGAGAGGAGGCAAAAGAGUCGGCUGAUCUUCAGUUGUUUCGCUUAUCACUUAUGACUUUGAUCAACCUUGUUCAGUUGCAAGCUGUGGAUAUGUUCCCAAUCAAGAGUUUGGAGAUUUUUAUGGGCAUUAGGGAUAUCGCUGGAAUACUUUUGGGACUGUUUAACGAGUUCAAUAUUGAUAGAUUCAUUUUGGUGCUUUUGGAUUCUCUGGUUGAUUACAGUUCGUCUAAUGAAUCAUGUCAGCUUGCUUUGAUCUCGGUAUUAGAGACAAUUCCUUCCAAGAGUUUUGUUCAACAUGUAGUUGCUAAGGUCUUAUCAUCCUGCUUGCAAAAUUCACAGAAAAUAACAAAUUCAACAUCAUCAAUAUCAGGAAGCUGGGUGAAGAAAAUCUUAAUUGUUCUUAGCAAGAAAUAUCCAUCUGAACUACAGGGAGCGGUUCAGAAAUUUCUUGAUGAAAAGAAUGUGCAAACGAAGAAAGGGGGCUCAGUAUAUGAAACUUUGGGUAAAAUGUUGGAUGGUAACUUGGACACGUCACUGGCUUUUUCGGAAUCAAAAAUUUGGUUUGGGUUGCAUCAUCCAAAGGCUGAUGUUCGUCGCCGUGUACUGUCUGCAUUGGGCACAUCAGUUGUCCUGGAAGCCAAGGCUACUAAUCCACAGAGUUUUGUAACCAUCCAAGAUGCCAUAUUGCGACAGCUUCAUGAUGAUGAUCUUACUGUUGUGCGGGCGGCUCUGUCUGUAGAGAAAUUGUCCACUAUAAUAAAUUCUUCCAAUCUUGUUGAAGCACUGGAUAAUGUUCUUAAAAGAUGUUUUAGUAUUCUGAUAUCAAGUUCGUUGGAGAACACCAGUCUAGCAUGUGAUGUUGCUGUUUUGUGCCUGAAUAAUGCUAGCUCUGAUAUCCAUGAUAAUGUUGACCAUUGCAAUAUACUUGCUGCCAUGAUAUUUCCUCUACUCCUUGUUCUGCCUAAGACACAAAGGUUAAAUUUGAAAGCUUUGGAAUUAGCUAAGGAGGUAAAAUGGCCACUUUUUGAGAAUCUUGCUGGCGCAGCUUCCAGUACAGCAAUUGCAUCACAACCAGGAAGGCUGUCCUCAAUUAACAUGGACACCAUUACUGGUCUGGCCAGCAAGUUCUUGUUGCACCCUGAAGAAUUUAUGCCGUGGCUUAUUAAUAAUGCUAAUGCCUUCGAGCCGUCAAGGACACUUUUUUUCUUGGUGAUGAUGCAGACACUUGUUAUUCAGAAGAACGAAUCUGAUGAAACUUUGGCCCUUUUCAAAAUUGGGUUUCCUGCACUAAAGACCGAAUGGGAAGCAUUUGAGUCUGUAGGUGAUAGCUCUAUAGAGGAGUUCGAUACAGAGUUGCUAAAUUGGGAUUGCAGAACGUUCCUUGAUAAGCUUGAUUCCAAUUUGAAAUCAUUAAAUGCAAAUAUUCUCCUAUGCCUAGUUUGGAAGUUAAUGAAGGCAUUUUUGUCCGUGAUGCCUGCAAAUGUCUCCGUGGAUGAUGAUAAGAAGUGGGUUAGCUGGCUUAGGGACUUGUUUGUCUUUUUUUCAGUUUCUAAAUUUAAGAAAGUUUUCAAAGAACACCGCCAUUACCUUGUCACAAAGUGCAAGGUCUCUGCUGUUUGCUUCUUGCCCAAGUUUUUCACAGAAGAAGAUGUUCCAGUUGCGGUCCAAGUUGAGAGUCUUAAUUGUUUUACAUAUAUCUGUCGUCAACCAGAAGUUAGAUUGCCAAUCCAACUUCUUGCGGAAUUUCCAUCUGUUCUUGUUCCAUUGGAUAGUUAUAAUCAGGAUAUAAGAAAUGCUGCCAUGAGCUGUAUUGAGGGGUUACUCACACUUUGGGCUCAUGUUGACUCUUCGAGCAAGAAAAAUGGAAACCAUGCAACUUGGAUACAUUUUCUUGGUAAGCUUUUGGACUUGGUGGUUCAGCAAAAAAGACUCAUCUUAUCAGACAAAAACUUUCUUCCUUCCCUUUUGGCCUCUUCGCUCAGCCCAUCCUACGAGAGCUUCAUGUCACCAAAGAAUAUUGAGCUAAGGGUUGAUCAAUCUACAAGAGAGAAGAUUCUUGCUUUCAUUUUAAAUUCCGCCCUGAAACUGCCUGAUUAUGCAAAGCUUUCAAUUUUAUCUUUGCUUAAAGGAAUGGGCAAUGCCAUUUUACAUGAUAGAGAGAUGAAGUCAUUUUUAUCACUGCUUUUGAAGAGACACAGUCAAGAUUGUGUCUCCAGCCGUAGUUUGUCAAAAACUGAAGUUCAGAUACUAUGCCAUCUACUGGAGAGUUGUGCUAUGCCUUCUUCAUCGGAUAAGCAUGUUUCAGAGGAUCAUUUGUUGGAGGCUUUGAAGUUGGAUGGUUUGGCUCCAGAAGACCCUGCUGUUAUACAGCCUUGUCUAACUGUUCUGCAGAAGCUUAACGGUCAAAUAUACAGUGGGCUAGAGACAGAAAUACAGGACCUUCUGUUUCGAAGACUUCUUUCUUUAUUUCGGAAUGCUAAUGGUGAUAUUCAAAACGAAACUAGAGCGGCGCUGCUGCGGUUAAAUAUUACCUGCUCUACUAUCAUUCGGACACUUGAUUACAUAGUUAAAGACAGAACUGGUACAGUGCAUGGAAAGAAGAAAAUGAAAUUAGUAGGUCAUCCGAAGUCCAGCCAGUCCCAUGAUUUGUCAUGUAAUGGAGAAAAUGCGCUCUCUCUCCUUGGAUCCCUCCUUGAAGUUUUGCUAUUUAAGAAAGACAUAGAGAACAGGGAUUCUCUUUUGGGGUCACUAUUUAAACUUCUUUCCAAAACAUUUUCUGAUGAGUGGGUAGACGGUGUUCUUGACCAGGAUGAAAAGUGUAUUCAAGUCCCUUCUAGCAAUUCUGACUCUUUGUCAAGCACAAUAAGUUCCAUACAACAGACAUUGCUGAUAAUCCUAGAAGAUAUUUGUUCUUCUCUAACACAUUCAGUUUCAUUGGGGGAUGACAUAUUACAUGAGAUUGAUGUCAAAAUGUUGGUUGAAUGCGCCCAUUCUGCAAAAGAUGGAGUUACUCGCAACCAUGUAUUUUCACUGAUUUCAUCUAUCACAAAGAUUAUUCCGGAAAAAGUUUUGGAGCAUAUACUGGAUAUUUUUACUGUUAUUGGUGAAGCAGCAGUCACACAGAUUGACAGCCAUUCACAGCGUGUGUUUGAGGAUCUUAUAUCUACAGUUGUUCCAUGCUGGUCAUCUGGGUCAGGCAACAAUGACAAAUUGCUCCAGAUUUUUAUCAAUGUAUUGCCUGAAGUUGCCGAGCAUAGAAGGCUAUCGAUCAUUGUAUACCUACUGAGGACCUUGGGAGAGGCAAAUAGUUUGGCUUCAUUACUUGUCCUUCUCUUCCGUUCAUUGGUUACACGAAAAGGAUUAUUUUGCUUUGAGAGCAUGCAUACUUCAGAUAGCUCCACAGCUUCAUUACAGAGAGAGUGGGAAUAUUCUCUGGGUCUUCAAAUAUGUGAGCAAUAUUCAUGCAUGAUAUGGCUUCCCCCUUUGGUUUUGAUGCUUAAACAAAUAGGAGCUGGUAUUCAGUCUCAAGAACUGUUUAUCGAAUUGUUAAUUGCUAUGCGAUUCACCUUAAACAAAUUGCAAGAUCCAGAAUUUGCCUUCAAGCUUGCAUCAAGGGAAGAUUCAGAAAAAAUUCAGGCUACGCUGGAAGAGCUCAUGGAGCAGGUUGUCUCUAUCCAGCAACUUGUGGAUGCAACAAGGAAGAAAAGGAGUAUCCAUGUUUCUGUUAGGAAAGAGUUGAAGGAGUGCAUGCAUGCUGUAUUAAGGACUAUUACAGUGGUCAUGAUGCCCCAGACACACUUCAGUGGUAUCACUAAGUUGCUUGGCCAUACAGAUAAAAAUGUGGCAAAGAAGGCACUUGGACUCUUGUGUGAAACAGUUAGGGAGCAUGACAUGGUCCGACCAAAGCAAAAACAUAAAUCCAUUUCCAGUGAUCGGUGGCAGCAUCUGGACGAGAAUUCUCUUGAAUCGUUUCACAGUAUGUGUUUGAAAAUUGUUCAGUUAGUUGAUGAUUCAUCAGAUGAUGUGGAAGUCUCCUUGAAGGUGGCAGCGGCUUUGGCUCUAGAAGUUCUGGCCCAUAGGUUUUCUUCUAAUCAUUCCAUCUUCAUUGAGUGUCUACCAUAUGUAACAAAAAAUAUCAGUAUGCACGACUUGGCAGUGUCCUCUAGCUGCCUUCAAGCAACUGGUGCUUUGAUUAAUGUACUCGGGCACAGGGCACUAUCUGAGCUUCCUCACAUAAUGGAAAACUUGAUUAGGAUUUCUCGCAAAAUAUUUUUAUCUUCAGAUAUGAAAACCAUAUCUGGUGUGGGUGGCACGGAUAUUGCGUUACAAAUACCAAAGGAAUCUCUUAUUUUAUCUAUUCUAGUCACUUUGGAAGCUGUUGUAGUUAAGCUAGGAGGUUUCUUGAACCCCUAUCUUGAAGAAAUUACAAGAAUUAUGGUGCUUGAUCUUGAUUAUGCGUCAGGGUCUGAUCCGAAACUGAAAAUGAAAGCUGACUCAGUUCGAAGGCUCAUCACUGAGAAUAUCCCUGUUCGACUUGCCCUACCGCCCUUGCUGAAAAUAUACUCUAGUACGGUUGAGUCUGGUGAUUCGAGCUUAGCAGUUUAUUUUGGAAUGCUGGAAAACAUGAUUGGUAGAAUGGAUAGAUCAUCUGUUAGUGGUUACCAUGCUAAGAUUUUUGACCUCUGCUUGCUUGCUCUUGAUCUACGUCGCCAACAUCCUGCAUCUGUUCAGAAAAUUGAUGAUGUAGAGAAGAUUGUGUUCAAUGCAAUGAUUGCUCUCACUAUGAAACUCACUGAGAGCCUGUUCAAGCCUCUUUUCAUUAGGAGUAUUGAUUGGGCAGAGUCAGAUGUGGAAGAUAUUGCAAGUGUGGGAAAUAUACCUAGGGCUAUAUCUUUCUAUGGUCUGGUAAAUAAACUUGUUGAGAACCAUCGAUCUCUUUUUGUUCCUUACUUCAAAUACUUGGUGGAGGGUUGUGUGCGUUACCUUACUGUUGCUGGAGAUGUGAAUACUUCUGGUUCAACACGAAAAAAGAAGGCUAAAAUUCAGGAAGGGAAGGACAACAGUAUAUUGCUUGGCAACUGGCAUCUCAGGGCUUUGGUGUUAUCGUCUUUACACAAGUGUUUUCUCUAUGAUACUGGAAGCCUGAAGUUUUUGGACUCUUCAAAUUUUCAGGUUCUACUGAAACCCAUUGUUUCACAGCUCGUCGCUGAACCACCAUCGUCUCUAGAAGAGCAUCCAGACAUACCAUCCGUGGAGGAAGUUGAUAAUUUAUUGGUGGUUUGUAUUGGUCAAAUGGCUGUGACUGCAGGAAGUGACCUUUUAUGGAAGCCCUUGAAUUAUGAGGUGCUGAUGCAGACACGCAGUGACAAGGUACGGACCCGAAUUUUGGGCCUGAGAAUUGUUAAGUAUCUAUUGGAGCAUCUGAGAGAAGAAUAUCUGGUAUUCCUGCCCGAGACCAUUCCGAUCUUGGGAGAACUGCUCGAGGAUGUGGAGCUCCCUGUUAAGUCUCUUGCGCAGUCGAUUCUCAAGGAUAUGGAGACCAUGAGUGGUGAAAGCCUCAGAGAGUACCUGUGAAUGCAAUUCAUCCGCUGACGUUGGCCGAGCUUUUCUGUAUCCCAGUGGUCGUUUUGCUCUGUUAAUGACGGCAACGCAGGCUCCCUCGUCUUAGGGAUUGGUUUAUGUGUGGUCCUAGCGGAACUGCAAAAAUUUUGAUCGUUUUGGUUUACGGAAUGGUUCGGACAGCGCCCGAAAUGUUUACCUUCGUUUCAUAGAGGGUGGUGUUGUGUACACAGACGCAGCCCCUAAGUUGGGCGUUUAAAUUUUGUAGUUUUAUUUGCAUAUAGUUUUCAAAGUUCGUAUUUGCUCCUUUGCAAUUCUGUUCGCAACCACAACAACGAAGCUAUAUCCACUAAGUGGAAUUCUG